AUGAAGUGGACCUUACUGGUGCCACUGCUUUCUGUGGCAACAGCUCUUCAGAUUCUACCCAACCAUGUCUCUAUAAACAAUAAAACAAAGCAUAUUGAAGCUGAUACUACAUGGUUGGAUAAGAAACAGCAGGAAGUUCAGCGGAUCUCUCUCGAUGCAUCUGACAAAGAAAAAGUCAUUCUGGAGCUAUUAAACACAAAAAAGCGGUUCGAAGCUUCAGCUUCUGGAAAUGUCGCAGCAGCCGAAACUCCAGAUGGCAAAAGAGCUCAAGUACAAAAGAUUGGAGAAAAAGGAGGAAUUGCCACAUAUGAAGGACAUAAGGGUCAACUUCGUGUGAAAGAUGACGAAGAAGGACGUCAUGCGUUCUUAAAAGCAGAUGGAAAAUAUGAUUUGGAUACGAUUAUGAGAGGAGAUCUUAAGAAUCCUGAAACUACUGACUUUGAAGCUACUAAUGACCGUUUCGACUUCAAAGUCAAUCCUAGUUCACAUGACAACCAUACAGGUGAAGGAACAUUGGCGUACAGUGACAAGAAAGAAGGAAAGAAAGGACAAUAUGAGUACACUAUUUCCCAAAAUGGUAAGCGAACUGACGCAUUCUUGGCUGGAACCGAUAAGGGACAAGCUGGAGAGUUUGCCCAAUCCUUGUUCGGUAGACGCAGUGAGAAGUAUCAUUGCUUGGCUGAAACCCCAGGAGUCUCUCAAUGUUAUGAUGCUCAAGGAAAAUCUGUUGGAAAGGUAGUUGCUGACAAGAAUGGUAACACUGUUGUCUACAACGAUAAAGAUGUUCCAAUUGGAACGGGAACUGUUCGUAAGCUGGGAGAUCGAAGCUACGAGGCUGUUAUCUCCAAAAACUUAUUCAUUGCUCGUUUGAAAGAUGCUCGAUCAGCUCCUUGUUGUAAAGAAUUGACUGGUAAAGAAUGCACUCAGCCUAUCAAGCUUUCAAACCCAUCAUUCUCUCAUCCAUCAAGUCGCGAAGGAGAAACAGUCCAUUUGACUUGGCCAGAUUGUUUCGAUAUGGGAAUUGACGUAACUCUCCCACCCGGUGUUCACAUUAACAAACUAGCUAUGAAGUUAGAUGUCUCCAUCCAACCAAUUGGAAAGUUACGUUGUAUGGAUGUGGCUACAUGUGGAAGAGAGUGCUUCUAUUGUGAUUGGUGCAAGAACACCAGACAAUUGAAACUUCUUGAAAACACGGAAGGAAACUUAUGCAGAGCUACAGGAGAAAGAACCUAUCGUUUAACAACAAAGCUCUGUCCCCCACCAGAGGACCCGAACUUCACAAUGUGUUCAGCAUUCUCCAAGUCUGUUUGGCAGAAAGAUUAUUGGCAAAAGCAAGGAGCUGUGGAUGUUUGGAUGAAGUUCUAUGAAAGAGGUCAAACGCGUCCUGAGCUGGAGAAAGAAUUUUUUGCUCAAAUCGACAAUCCAUUGCUUGGUCGAGCUUUCAAAUUGGCAAUUAUAGCUGAAUGGUUAGCAGCCAAUAGCAUUGAUCAAGGAUCGUAUACUCCAACCAAUUCGGAAUUACUUGAAUUCUGGGUAUCCAAGAGAGAUCCAGAUCGUCUCUUAGCUUGUCAACAUGCUGUCGUUGAUUAUGAGAUUGAAGGUGCCAAGGUUAAAACGAAUCUAUUGUUUGAAGCUGCAACAACAGCAAACUCCAUUCCUAAUAUUCUGAAGGACAAGAAGUGUUCAGCAUUUGAGAAGCUUCAAGAAGAUCGCUUCCAACAGGAAGCUCGCGAGUAUAAGAAACAGACGGGUGGAGGUAAUCUUCUGAGUGGAAUCGGAAGCUUCCUCAAUACAGUCCGAGGUUGA